CAUUAAACCCAUACUGCAAUCACACCUGACGUCAUGACAACUUUCAACUUGUACAUAGGCUAUAGGUUUGUAGCUCACCAUGAAUAUCCAAAUAUUCAACUGCCCAUCAUGAGCGAAACAAACGCUCUCAAGGGCAAGCUUGCCCUCAUAACUGGUUGUAGUGGAGGCAUAGGUCAAGCUUCUGCCAGAAGUCUAGCUCGCCUGGGAUGCUCGAUCGCAGUGCAUCACUCAUCGUCGUCUUCCAAGCCCAAGGCAGAUGCGCUCGUGAAGGAACUAACCGAACUAGGUGUUCAAGCAAAACCUUUCCAGGCGGAUCUAUCGACUUACCCUGGAGCUGAUGCUCUCUAUCAACAAGUCAUCAGUGAGUUAGGACACCCUGACAUACUAUUUAGCAACCAUGGUGCUACCGGGAAAGUGAUUGGUCCUAACGGCAAUAUCGAGGAUAUACCGGUCGAGAUGUUUGAAAACAUCUGGCGAUUGAAUACUGGGACAAGCUUCCGACUCGCCCAGCUCUGUAUUCCUCAUAUGGAGGAACAGAGGUGGGGCCGUGUCAUUUUUACUUCAAGUGUUGCAGCUGGUACUGGUGGUGUGAUUGGCCCUCACUACGCAUCUUCCAAAUCCGCUCUGCACGGCCUUGUCCACUGGUUGUCGUUAAGAUACGCGAAGAGCGGCAUCACCGCAAACGCGAUUGCUCCAGCGUUGAUAGAAGAUACUGCUAUGAUGUCCAAUCCGACCCCUGAAAUUAGAGCCAAGAUACCCAUUGGACGCCUUGGCAAGCCAGACGAAAUUGCGUCCAUUGUAGCGUUGUGCGCAACUAAUGGCUACAUGACGAACAAGGUCAUUGCUGCCGAUGGUGGUUGGACCUCGGGAGGUUUCUGAGUACCGUGCCAAGUCGAUCGGGAAGGAGAAGCUAGACUAUUAAAAAUGGAUUGGAAAGCAGUACAGAUACACUGAGAGGUAUAUCGAUGCGGAUUGUAUACAUAUUAGACGAUUGUAGCCCAUAGAAAACUUGAUGCGACGCGACAGCAUGCGAUGGAGAUCGAACACAAAUAAAAUAAAACAAGAGAACGAAUGAACAAACGAAUGAACA